AUGAUCGCACGCGACUCAGAUAACAGUAACGGCACUUCCUCGUUGGAAGCGUCGCAACGACCAUCUGUUCUCGGGAACAUGCCCCCAACCGAGGAGUUCUGUGAUACCAACGCGGACUGCGACUAUGGCUAUCGAUGCGAUGAUAGCGGAAUGUGUGUGCGCAAGGGAGAUGUGCGAGAAUUUCCCGAUCGGAACGUAAAAAAGGCAAAAAGGGUUUGCAAUGCUUCGAGUAUAAUUCUUGGUGCUUCUGGGGAAGCGUCUGUUGCUCUGGAUACUGUUGGAUGGGCUCAUGCGCCCGAGUAUCUCGAAUUCAUUAGUUGA